AUACCCAUCUUUCACCCCAACAGUUUUCUUGUUUAUUGCUGGAACAGUUGCAUAUGGAGUAUUCAAGUACCUCCAAAAUGAGAAACUUAAAGAGCAAAACUAAUAGAACAUGAGAAAAUUCUCUGAUAUUUCCUAAUUGUGAAAGGAGACUGUUGAUGACUAUCAAAAUGGGAGCAUUUUAUAUAUUUUUCUAAGUCUGUAUGUCACAUUCUUGUGCCUUCCUUGUGGAGAGAAUAGUAUGAAUAGAGAUGAAAAACAAGGAAUUUUUCAUGUAAGGAAAAUAAACAAUCACCAAUUUGGAUCUUUUGGUAGCUUUUUAUGUCAUAAUUGGCCAUUGAAGCAACUGUAUAGAAACUUUGUAUCUCAUUAUUUGUGACUGCUGUCUCCUUUUUCCAUGUCUUUGGGUUCUUUGGUGCAUAUUAAGUAAUUAGCCUUUGGGAGCAUGGAGUAGUCAUUUAUGUUGACAUUAAAAAUUUACAAAUAAGAUGAACAUUUAAACUUCUAGUUCUUGCUUGAAUAAAUGAUAUUGUUUUUUACGCUUCUCAUUAUGACUGAUCUGCUGAAAAGUAAAGGGGUUAUCAUUUAUCAAUCCAUCAUUUAUGUUUUUGGAACUGCUUAGAUCACUAAUUAAGUUAUAACUAGAGCAAUAAUUUUCAUCCCGCAUGAUAAUUUCUCUCACGCUUCGUGAGAUGUACAUAAUCUUAUUGUUAUUCUAUUAAUGAGCUACAGAGAUGUUUCCUAGUGAAUAUCUAUGUACGACUCUUGUCUCUCCUUAUGCAGGUUUUUUGCUCUUUCUUUUUUAGCUUUAUGCAGGUUUAUACUGCAGCAAAAAUAGAACAUGAAGGAUACGCAAGAUGAUUGGAAUGCCUAUCAGUCUCAGGUUGGUUCACCUAGCCUGUGUUGAGUUUAUCAAAUAUAAAUUCAGGCCUCAUAGUUAGGUGCAUUCUGAGAAUAGCACAUGCGAUGGUGGAGUUACUGCCAGGUGAACUGUUCACUGACUUCAGAACCACACCAUCCAUCUGCCUAGUUAAGGAAGAUGAAAAGAAAAAGAAAAGCAAGACAGAGAGGAAUUGUGACAUAAUAAAUAUGGCUUUUGUUUUUGUCCUAUGACGAGGAGUUUUAAUCUCUUUUCUGCUGCAGCAAUGAAGAGGCCUGUGAACUUCCUACUUUCUACUGCAUUGUGAAGCUCUUGAAUCAAUAAAAUCUGCAGGUUUGACGGCUGCUUAUAUAUUCAGUUUGCUGAAGCCGUCUUUUAUCAUCAAUUGACUUUUGUUCAUGCUGUUAUUUGUCAGUUACGCUUGUUUGGUUUGAGGGAAUGGAAAGGGGGGAGAGGGGGAGUUGAAGGGUAUCAUUUUCCUUCCAGUUCUUUCCCCAGCACUCCCUUAUUUGGUUAAACUAACACUCUAUGUAGCGAACACCUUUGUUUCAAAACUUGAAAGUGUGCAAAGGACCCAGAAAUCCCAUGGCUUGUUACCCACAGUCUUGAUCAACCUCACAUCAUCAGAUUUAUCAAAGUUCAUGCCUCUGUUGUCUCUUGGAUUGCAUCUGAGGAUAGUCUGUUUUGGACCACCAAAUCAUUAGUUCACAGCAUACCCAGUCCAAUUCUGUUUUAAGCACUGUCACUUCAUGAAAACAGUGGGCAAAUUGGAUGAUAUUAGGCCUUGAGGAGGUCCCCUCAUCUCAUUAUUGCUCCUUUUCCUCUUUCAAUGCCAAUCAAUUUGCACCAAACUUUUACCAGUUAUUGUCCCUCCCCGUUUUUUCAUAAUGAAUCCUACAAAAGUAA